AAGGAGGGAGAAAUGUCCGUUAGCCCCCUCGCGCGCCCGUCUUAAACUUCUGUCCGACCAAUCAGCGGCGCUGCACAUCAACGGGGCGCCCGCCUUUUUCCAGAGGGGGGGAUAAAUAAGGGGCUAAUGGAGGGCAGGCUUCGUUCGCACGCAGUUCCUCUUUUGUGAUGUUCCAGCUGUCAUCUGUGGAAAGCGCAGUUCGCGUGACGGGACCUAAUCUCCGUGUCUGGGCCAGUUCUGGUUCAAGUUGACAGAGGUAAAGUUGCACAUGUGGAUAUUCAAAAAUCAAGAGCAGUUGAGUAAGAUUAGACAAGAAAAGGGUGGGGCUCUUGAUUUACUCAAGGAACUUAAGAAUAUGCCUAUGACUCUGGAACUUUUACAGUCUACAAGAAUUGGAAUGUCUGUGAAUGCAAUCCGGAAACAAAGUACAGAUGAAGAAAUUACAUCUCUAGCAAAAUCCCUCAUUAAAUCAUGGAAAAAAUUAUUAGAUGGACCAUCAAAUGACAAAGAAUCUGAAGAAAAGAAAAAAGAAUCAGCAUCAUCUUCACAAAAUAGUCCUGAAGCAAGGGAAGAAAGCAGUUCCAGUAGCAAUUCAAACAGCAAGAAAGAGGACUCUAACAUUUCAUCCGACACAUAUAUCUCUUCUUUUCCCCGGGCUCCAAGCACAUCUGAUUCUGUACGGAUGAAAUGCAGAGAAAUGUUGGCAGCAGCUCUCAAAACGGGGGAUGAUUAUAUUGCUAUUGGUGCUGAUGAGGAAGAACUAGGUUCUCAGAUUGAAGAAGCUAUAUUUCAGGAGCUAAAAAAUACUGACAUGAAAUAUAAAAAUAGAGUGCGCAGCAGGAUAGCAAAUCUUAAAGAUACAAAAAAUCCUAAUUUAAGGAAAAAUGUUUUAUGUGGAAAUAUACUUCCAGAUAGAUUUGCUAAAAUGACAGCAGAGGAGAUGGCAAGUGAUGAACUAAAAGAAAUGAGGAAGAAUCUUACCAAAGAAGCUAUAAGAGAGCACCAGAUGGCUAAAACAGGAGGAACACAGACUGAUCUAUUUAGCUGUGGUAAAUGUAAAAAGAAGAACUGUACUUACACCCAGGUUCAGACCAGAAGUGCUGAUGAACCUAUGACAACCUUUGUUGUGUGCAAUGAAUGUGGAAACAGAUGGAAGUUCUGCUAGAAGAAGAAAUUGUUGGACCAGUUAAAAAUAAUUUUAUAAUUAGUUUUAAGAACUAGGUAAAGCAUCGAAUUCCUUGCAGAGAUGUUUUUGUUUGUUUGCUUCCUUUUAAGCAGAUAACUCUGAAAUUAGAUUUUGUUUUUGACAUGACCAUCCCUGUAGUUAAUAGUCAGAGCCAGGAUGCUCAGUUGUAUGGUGUAAUAUUUUUUCCAUUUUUAUAAGCAACUCUACAUUAAACUUUUAUCAAUGAAAUUUGGGUAACUCUUUUUUUUCCUUAAUUUUAUAAACAAUUUAUUGUACUUAUUUGUUUUUGACAUACAUGGUUGAAUUUUUUUUGUAAAAUUCACAAUGUCAUACUCCAUUUGCAUCAUUUCAGUGUGUUAAAGCAACUAGUUUUUCAUUAUACUAACAAAAUAAUCCAUAUCUCAUGUGAGUAGUAGGCUCGGUAAAUCAUUUUUGCAAUUCAUCAUAUUUCUUGUUCCAUAACAUACAAAAAUCUUUUUUUGUAUUAUCAAACUUCAGAUAAUUUUGAAAUUUGUAUUGAUAUAUCCCUACUAUUAUACAGCAUAAAAUAUGUGCAGUAUUUUUAUAUUAAUGAAUUCUAGUCUACCUUUUAAUGUAUUGAUUUGAUCUGUUUUGUUUGCUCUCUUUUGUUUUCCAAACAUGACCAAAAACAUGUAAUUUACCAAUCACACAGACGUUUGGUAAGAAAUACAUUGUACUGAAAAAUAGUGUAGAAUGAGUUCUAGACCUCAGAGGUCAGAAAUAAAACUGUAAAUUUUCUCUACAAGUUUUGGUGGUGUAUUGUUUCUCAAACUCUGUCUUUAAAAUAUUUGCUAAAAGCAAUUUUGAAAAA